GCGUUACAUAGCACCUCAAGCUGUAUAAAAACUUAUUGUAUUUUAUUCGUAGGUAUGGGUUAUGUUAAUUUGUUUUAAUUAUAUCACGAAUAUAAUACAAGCUUCGAUAGGCAUGUGCUUGUAAUAUAGCAGUUAUAGAAAUUAGCAUUAUUUUUAAAUGAAAGUUAUAUGAUUAGGAGCCGUAUACUGUAUCAAUAAACAAGUAUUUUAAUAUACCUUGACAAUCAUCAUCACGAAUACUUAUUAAUUUUAUAAAAUAUUACUAACUGAUGUAUUCUUGAAGUCCGUGGUCAACCAUAGAUUUGGCCCAACUUUACCCUUGACUUGAGAAUGGCAGAAUUUGGAGCACAUAUAACAACUUUUGUAGGUGAAAAACCGUCUAUAUUUGAAUUAUUAGCACAAGACAGCUUUGCAAGAGGACUAAGAACCGCAGCAAAAUAUUUUAUUCGUGUCUUAGCAGAAAACAAUCCUGCAAAAUAUGGAUUUUAUCUACACCAUUUUGAGGAACUGUAUCUUAUUAGUGACUUAUUUGUGCAGUAUCUGCAUUUGAAAACUUAUGGGGCAUCCUUUGCUGAACAUUUCUAUGGGCUACAGCGAGUGCCAAAGAAACCUGAUGUUUCAGCACAGAUUCAAAAGCAGAAGGCAUCAUCACUCUCAAAGAAACAGAUUAGAAUGUCCUUGUUUUGCUUGGCCAUUGCACCCUAUGUUAAGACAAAAUUAGAUAAACUGUUUGAAACAUUACAUGAAAAAUGGAUAAGUGCAAGGUCACAAAAACAGGAUGUACGAGAGAAAAUGGAGUUUCUAUACCUUUAUGUUUACCCUUUUUUCCACUUUAUAUUUGAGUGUUUGCUAUUCCAUCAUGUCAUAAUGUAUGCGAUUGGAAGGAGUUCGUAUCACUCCCCAUUGGUGCAGCUCUCUGGAACAGAACUAUGGACUUUAACAAAUGAAAACCGAAACGUAAAGAGUUGGGAAGAAAUCCCUCGCCACAUUGUGUGGAUAACCUCUGCAGGUUUAGCUAAAGCACUCUCUCUGGGUUUGUCAGUUGGAGCAUUCUUCUUCCAGUUUCUUGAAUGGUGGUACAAUCAAGACAACACCCCACCAGGACUAGCUGCUCUUCCAACACCUCCACCUCCAAGAAAACUUCAAAUAGAAAUCUCAAAUGACCUUUGCCCCCUGUGCCAAAAAAAAAGAACUAAUGACACGGCACUAUCCACAAGUGGGUUUGUAUUCUGCUAUCCCUGCAUCUAUGGGUAUCUUACGUUAAGUAGCCGAUGUCCAGUUACAGGCUAUCCAUCAUCUGUAAACCAGUUGGUCAAGUUAUAUCCUCCAGGGGACAUCAUAUAGAAAUACCUGGUUUGCUACAGUUUAUCUAAAUAACUUUUAUGCCCAUUAGUGAUAACAGUGACACAACACGAUGAAGUAAGGGUUGGUGGCAGCAAUCAUUGGACAAAUCAACAGCUUCGACAAAAAUAUUGAACAGUGAAACACUUGCAUCGAGCACUUUAUCAUGGCAAACAGCAUAAAAACUGAUAGGCAAAUACCUACUGUAUUAAGUGUAAUUGAAGGUAAAACAUUGUCUACUACAAAGUUUGACAGCAAAUAACAAGCCUAGUGAUAAAAGCUAUGGAGGUAUGUUUUCCCCUAAGUCUCUCAUAACUGACAAAAAGUUUUGUUUCCACAAAUGCAACUAAGAGGAGUGAGAGUCUGUUGUGCAGCAUAUAGCAGUGUUUAAGAAAUCCACAGAACACAGUAUUGUUGUAUAAAUGGAUGUAGCUACAAGAAAAUCUCGACAACUUGAUGCAUCACCCAUAAUAAAAAAAAAGAUAACAUUAAACCAGGGAAGCAAAUCUAAUAUAUGUUGGAGUUGUGGAAAGAAUAAUCACAGUAAGAAAGAAUACACGAAACAUGUUUUCAUAGCAAAAAAAUCUGAAAAAAGUUCAUUAAGAAGGGAGUGCAUUAUAUGGAAGUAAAUGACAAAUGAGUGAUAACACUGAUACAGCUAAUGAAUUUGCAAUAAAUUUGCUUACACUUGAAAGGAGAAACAACUUCUGAAUCAAACCAGAAAUUCAAGAAAAAAACUAUAAAAAUGAAACUGAAUAGUUAAUAAUAGGUAGGCAAACAAUGAUUUAUAAGCA